GGGCGGGCCCGUUGCUAAGACUUGGUGGAUCGCCGCGGUGGAGCCAGGCUCCCUCAGUCAGCCUCACCAAGGAUGGAGCCUGUCCUGGGCAUUAUGGAGCAGUGUGAGCAAGAGAAGACUGGGAGCCUGGAUCGGGAUCCAGUGCCAUGGCAGGCCCUCCCUGUCCUGUCGGAGCAGCAGUCUGGGGACGUGGAGCUGGUGCUGGCAUAUGCCGCGCCUGUCUUGGACAAACGCCAGACCUCGCGCCUCCUCAAGGAGGUGUCCGCAGUCUACCCACUUCCCUCCCAGCCACACCUUAAGCGGGUGCGGCCUAGCCAGGAUGCCAGCGGCCCCCAUGCACUGGAGUUGUUGCUAUGCCUGGCGGAUACAGCCCCAGGCAUGCGCUCACUGGCUGAGCUCCUCCCACAACCAGCUGUGGACCCCCGUGGUCUGGGACAGCCCUUCCUGGUGCCUGUACCUGCCAGGCCUCCUCUGACCAGGGGCCAGUUUGAGAAGGCUCGGACCCACUGGCCCACAUCCUUCCAUGAGGACAAGCAGGUGACCAGUGCCCUGGCUGGGCAACUCUUCUCAGCACAGGAGCGGUCUGCCAUGGAGAGCCACAUGGAGCGGGCUGUGAAAGCAGCCCAGUGGGCAGCUGCACAGGGCCUGAGGGCUGUGGGGGCUGUAGUGGUGGAUCCAGCCUCGGGCUGCGUUCUGGCCACAGGCCAUGAUUGCAGCAGCAUGGCCAGCCCCUUGCUGCAUGCAGUCAUGGUGUGCGUGGACCUUGUGGCCCAAGGCCAGGGUCGGGGUACCUAUGACUUCAGACCCUUCCCUGCCUGCUCUUUCACACCUGCUGCUGCCUCCCAGGACAUCCGCGUGGGCACUGUGCGCAAGCUGGAUGAGGAUGAGGAUGGCCUCCCCUACGUGUGCACUGGCUAUGACCUCUAUGUCACCCGUGAGCCCUGCACCAUGUGUGCCAUGGCCUUGGUGCACUCACGCAUCCUGCGAGUCUUCUAUGGGGCGCCCUCUCCUGAUGGUGCUCUGGGCACUCGCUUCCGCAUCCACGCACAGCCUGACCUCAACCACCACUUCCAGGUGUUCCGUGGCGUGCUGGAGGACCAGUGCCACCAGCUGGACCCUGACACCUAGGGUUUAUGCCUCUCCUGCUUAUGGAGCAUUCUCUGCUCCUGGCCAUCCACAUCUUCCAGGGCCUGCACUCCUGUCUGUGGAUUAUAAGGACACUCACUGCCUGCACAGUGCCACACUCUCUAGGCCCGGCAGCAGGGAGCAUCUGGGACAAGCUUUCUGUGGACUCAGCUCCACCCUGGAGCCUUGAAGCUGCAUUUGUAUCUCCUUUGUCAGGUUUGUGAGAAAACAACUCUGACAUGUG